UAGUGUUUGUCAUCGUCCCUUUGCCAGAUCCAAUUGGAUUUGUUUUUAGUUUGGAGCAAUUGAUUUCCAACAAAUUUCACGAAAAUGCCGGGAAACAACGGACGCCAUCAUCAAUUUAAGAAGAAUUUCAAGAAAGACCGCCCCUUAAUCGAUGAAAAUAAUCCCGUGCUAAAAGCUUUCCAAGCAUAUGCCAUUGAAUUGGAUGCAAAACAUGAUCGCUAUGAACGCAUUGUCAAAAUGAGUCGUGACAUUACCAUUGAGUCGAAAAGGAUCAUCUUUCUGUUACAUUCCAUCGACAUACGUAAGAAUAACAAACAAAAGGUAUUGGAUGAGGCCCAGACGCGUUUGGAAAAAGUGAUAACCUGCAAUUUCAAAGCCAUUGCUGAAGAAUUGCAUGACCAUGAUCCAUAUCAAUUUCGUGGUGCAUAUUCUCCGGGUCUACAAGAAUUCAUCGAGGCCUAUACCUUUAUGGAGUACAUAAAAUAUGUUGAAAACGAGGAGGACUCAAAUCAGGGAGAAAUGAUUGAUUGGAAUGGACUGCAAAAGAAAAUGACUUAUCCAGCCGGGGAGGAUAAUGCUGAUCAAUCCAACAGCGUGGAAAAGUCAUUCUUUGUCGAUCCCAAUGAAUAUAUUUUGGGUGUCUCUGAUCUCACCGGAGAGCUUAUGCGCCGCUGUAUAAAUUCUUUGGGAAGUGGUGAAACUGAUACUUGUCUAUCCUGCUGUAAAGCACUGCAGAAAUUUUAUACAGGUUAUUUCAGUAUAAAUGUCCGCCGAUGCCGUGAGUUGUCACGUAAAAUUUACACAAUGCGCCAGAGUGUUUUGAAGGCCGAAAAUGUUUGCUACAACGUCAAGGUUCGGGGUGGUGAAGCAGCCAAAUGGGGUGCCAUGUUUGAUGGUAAAUCCAUUGGUGAUGAUAUUGAUGAGGGAUUUUUCUAAGCAAUCAACAAUCUGCGGAAUUUUUUAAAAAUAUAAUUUUAAGUCUUUUUAUUAUUCUUUGAUAUUAACGUUUUUCACCAAAACUGAAUUUUUUUAUUUUAACAUUAAUGGAAUAAAAACUCGCCCAUGGUCCAAAAUAUCGAA